UCUAUGGAUCUGUCUCAUCUCUCAUCUGUCAAGAAGUCGUUUCUUCUGUUGAUGGGUGUCGAAUUUCUACAAAAAAUUCAAUAUAUUCUUUUGUUUAGUGUGAUUUAAUUAGAAUUCUUCGCAUUAAAAAUGGUUUAAAUUUUUAUUCGUGCUUACUAAUUUCUAGUGAUUCAGUUCUGUGUCUGGCAAAGUUGUAAAUAAAUCCAAAAUGUCCGUUCCUAGCACUGGUCUCAGUAAAUUGAAGAAGAAACAUAUUCGUGUGAAACAUCAGAAAGUGAAAUUGUUUCGUGCAAAUGAACCUCUGUUGUCUGUUUUUAUGUGGGGUGUAAAUCAUACGAUAAAUGAGCUAAGUCAUGUCUCGAUACCAGUUAUGCUGCUGCCUGAUGACUUCAGAGCUUACUCAAAGGUCAAAGUGGACAAUCAUUUGUUUAACAAAGAAAAUAUGCCAUCACAUUUCAAGAUCAAGGAGUAUUGUCCAUUAGUCUUCAGGAACCUGCGCGAGAGGUUCGGAAUUGAUGACAUCGAUUACAAGGAGUCACUUACGAGAUCUCAACCGACGCCAGACGAAUCAUCCGGCAAAUCCGGCGCCAAAUUCUACCAGAGCUACGACCGGCUGUUCAUCCUCAAGACCCUGACUUCCGAGGAGGUGGAGAGGAUGCAUUCAUUCCUCAAACAUUACCAUCCGUACAUAGUGGAGCGGCAUGGAAAGACACUACUGCCUCAAUAUCUCGGCAUGUACCGGUUGACCGUGGACGGUAUUGAACACUACCUUGUGGCGACCAGGAAUGUGUUCUCAGACCACCUCAACAUACACAGGAAGUACGACUUGAAAGGAUCGACGGUGGACCGCGAGGCGUCGGAGAAGGAAUUGGAGAAGGAACUGCCUACCCUCAAAGACAACGACUUCAUCAAACAGGGCGUCCGCAUAGAUAUCGGCGAGGCGGCCAAGGAGAAACUAUUGGAGACUCUCACGGCUGAUGUGGACUUCCUAACAAAACUCCACCUGAUGGAUUAUUCGCUAUUGCUUGGCGUUCACGAGUGCGGCCGCGGCGAAUUGGAGGCGGAGGCGGCCCGGCAGCGCGACGCCGAGCGCGACACCGACAACGACACCGACAGCGACACCGACACCGACAACCGGCACCAGCCCGACAGCAGAUGGGGCUACAACACGCCGCCGGACAGCCCGCGCGCGCCGGCGCGCCGCUCGCCGCCGCGCUACGCGGGCAUCGUGCCCGAGCUCGACAUCUACGCCGUGCCCAGCCAGGACGGCGCCGCGCGCAGGGAGAUAUACUUCGUCGCCUUGAUUGAUGUGUUGACGCAUUACGGCGUUAAGAAACAGGCGGCUAAAGCGGCGAAGACAGUUAAAUACGGGAGCAACGUCGACGGCAUAUCGACAUGCGAUCCCGAGCAAUACGGGAAGAGGUUCAUAGAGUUUGUGGCCAAAGCCAUUGAAGGUGGCGCGGAAGCUGUAUAAUGGCUGUUGCGGCUUGUUUCACGGUUUGCACGCAUAACGUCCGAUACGCGAAACGUCAGAUGCGCAAAAUGUUCGACAAAGAAAAAAAAAUCUACUUACACAGAAAAAUCUUGACUGUAAUUUCCAUAUUUUUUUUUCUAUUAAUUAAGUUUAUAACCUUUUCUGACAUAUUGCAUAUUAAGCUUUAUGCAUGCAAAUCCUUGUUUCACAGGCCUUUCGUAUCAGAUACUUAGUUCUGAUAGUACAAUAUUUGAACGCGCUGUGAAACAGGCUUUGAGCUGUGUCCACACCAAAUGCAGAUAUGUUUUUUGAUCCAUUACUAAAUAAUAUGAAAUUGGUACAAAAAAUAUCUAAUGGUCCAUUUCAAUCAGGAAUGGUGACUUUGGUGUGGAUAUAGCUUUAGACUGACGCUGUGUUGAUAUAUAACAUGCUAAUAUAAUGUUUAUAAUGUCAGUAAGUCCGCUUGGUUGUAAAAAAUACUUGUAGGUAAUUCUAUAAGUAUUAAUUUUUAAACGAUCACCAAAUAAUUAUAGAUCAGUUUUCACCUAUAGCGAUACUAAAUCAUUUAUAUGGCGUUCUUUUUUAAAUAUGAAUGUCUUAAGAAGUUAAAAGAGAAGUUUGUUUGGUUUAAGUAUUUAUUAAAUUACCGCAGAUUUCACUAUUUGUGACAUUUUGCGAAUUGGUCCAUUUGCGACUACAUGUUAAAGUAUUUUACAACCAAGCGGGCAAUCGGUUGAGUACAGGGCGAUGUUCGGCCCAUAUAAAUGAUAAAUUUUGCCAAUAUAUCCUAUAUCUAGUUCGCUUAGUUUCUGUCUAGCGUAGAAAAUAGUACCUAACGGUGUAAGAUUUUGUUAUUUAUUGUUCUACUUCGAAUUAAGGGGUUUGUUACUAGAUGGCGUUCGUGUUUUAUUCAUUUUCAUAUAAUUUUGUAUGUAGGCAAUGUCAUCGGCAAAGAUAAAUUUAUCGACAUACAACUGGAUUGAAAUACAUCCAUAUUGGGUCGCAUUAAGUCUAACCUUUAUUUCGCAUAACGUUUGUCGGCAUAAUCAUCGUUUCGCAUAAGGACGUCAAUGUAUGAGAAACUGUGACUGUCAAAAAAAAGUUAUGCAAAAUGAUGUCUCAAAAUUUUAUGAGGCCCAAUAUGGGCCCGAUUUUAAUAAGCCUUAGUUAUGUAUUUUUGAUUGGAAAACAUCGGUUAAAAUAUGAUUUCUAGAACACUAACGCCAUCUAGUGCGUUAUGGCAGGGACGAGCCCCGCUAAGACUUGGAUUGUUAUGGGAGUCUUGUGAUUUAUUAUGUGAAAUUAAUGUAUAUUUAUUAUAUCAACGCUGGAUUUCAUCACUUUAUUGAAAACAUACACAGUCAUACACCAGAUUUUGGAAAGUUUGUGAAACACAAAAAAUUUUUAACAUCGAUAUUAAGUGAUGAAAUCACUAUUAUAAUUUAUUAUAAAGAAAUAUUCUUAUAGUCCGAUCUGCGUGUUAUUUUUUUUAAUAGCAUACAUUUUUAAUGGUUUUCCCAAAACAAAAUCCCUAAAAUCAGUAUUUCGGGUCUCCCCCCCUCAAUCCCAUCAUGUUGAACGUUUGUGGAAAGAAUAGAUUUUGUGAUAGAUAUUGUUUAUACUUUUUAGAUGUUAAUUUUACUUUUAGAACUAUUGUGAAAGACUAUCGGUCCGAUUUAAUCGAUUUUACUUUGGUAUAUAAUGAAAUGUGUUUCUUGUCCGACUUACAAUUGAAAUGUUUCAAAUGUAUUGUCAUUUGCAUACAGCUAACAUUACUCUGGAUUGCUAGGGUUAAGGCUACUGUUUUAUUAGACUACUUGCAAGAUUUAACUGUCAAUACAUGCAUACAAAACUUGCGUUACUAAUGGCGGAGUGACGAUAACGCAUGGAUGAAGUUUCACUAACGUCGACAAGGUGAGACUUAGUUCCUUCUCUUUCUAUAUUCUCUACGUUAACCGCAGUGUAAGAGAGAGGGCAGAUGUGAUAAAAUGUCUUUCUAUCUCUUAAGGGACAGUAUUGAAUAAUGUUUAAGACAAAAUUUUACAUCAAAUGAAGUAAUAAAGUUUGAGUGAUGAGGCCACGUUGUAGAAUGCGGAAAGAAUGUUGUAUAAGAAAGUACCUAACCUACUAUGUAAUUAUUUACCGAAAUUCAUUAUGCUAAAUCUGGAUUUCGCAUAGCAUACGAAUUUCCAAGAAAUAGUGUUGGUAAAACCAAAAAUCUUGCGUAGUCUACUAAAACCUUCUUUUCCCACAUCUUAUAUUCCUGAACAAUGUGUUAGUCAUGGAAAUGAUUAUAUGUCAUAUGUGUUGCCAUUGUUUAGGUCGAUAAUUAUUUUGUAGUUGUUAAAAUAGGUUUUAUUAAUUUGUUAACGGUGACGGUUGAAGCCACGUGCCCCCCUGGGCAUAUAUUUAUUGUAAUAUGAUAGCUUCGAUUCUAUAUAAGACGUUCGGAAUGUAAGCAACACGAUUGAAAUGUUAAUUCUCUAGUCUCCUAAUCUUGUAAAGACAAAAAUGUGUAUUAAAAUUGAAACUUAAUUUUUUAAUAUUCGGUUUAUAAAGUUUCUGCAUUAA